AUGAAAAUUUCGGAUCAACCAAUUCAUUCGUUAACAUCGGCAAAUGAAUCUCCUCCACAAUGUAUUAUACAAGAGGAUGAUCCAACAACAACAAGGAGGAUGAUGAUGAAUGAUGAUGAUAUCACAUUGAAUCAAGAAGAUGAUGAACAAGCCUUUCAACAACAACAUGACAACGAUCCGCGUUCAUCAUCAUCAUCCUCUUUUAAAAUUCAUACUUUGGGAGAUUUCAAACAAGCUCUCUUACAACAUAUCAGACAGGAAUGUCCAGCCGUUGUUUCUCCUCCUCAUCAUCAUCAGUUUCGUUCCGAUCUUAAGGAUGAGGGUGAAGAGGAAGACGAGGAUGAAAAGGCUUCUUCUUCUUGUCGUUGUCCGACACCUUAUUUGUUUUUUUCGGAAGAAAAAAUAAGAGGAAUUUAUUUGUUUGGAUCUCAAACGUAUCAAUGUAAGAAGAAAGUUGAGAAAAGAAAUCAGGAUGAGAAGGAGGAGCAUGAGGAGGAGAGAGUACUCAGAGUAUUAAGUAAUGAUCGGAAGAGUGAAUUGAGAUAUUUGGCUUCCUCGGAUUUUGAUGUUUUAUUGGUUUGUGAUGAUUUGUAUUCGACGGAUAGUUCUUUGGGAUCGUAUUCGAGUGAAAAACAAUUUAAAUGGGAAACUGGUUUAAGUUUGGAUUUUGUGGAGGGCAAUGAAACAAAUUUUUUGGAAUUUGAUAUUUCAUUCUAUAAUACUUGCUAUUUUAUUUCAUACAUGAAUUAUCAUCAACCUGUGUUCAUUCAGAGUGUUACAAACAAAUAUUGGGAAGAUGUGUUUGUGGUAUUUGAAGAUGAUAAGAUGAAAUAUUUCAGAAGCACGUGGUGUGACUGGAACAUGUCCAUCCCACGACUCAAAGUUGCAUUUUCAACAGAGCUCGAUUAUUGCAUGGAAAAAGCACAUCGAUUUUGGAACAUGACAAUAGGAGAGACCGAUGAACUGAAAUACAAUGAUAAUUAUAAUAGAUAUACAUUGAAUAGAACAACGGAAGAGUUGAAGAAAACUUCGAAAAAAAACAUUGCUCAUGGUUUACGAAAACUGAGGUUUGCCUAUCAGUAUUUGGAAAAUGGAAAAAUCAUUCACUUACAAGAAUGGAAUGCAUUAGCACAAGAGGUAUUCGACAAAACUAAAUACUACUAUGAGUGGAUGCAAUUCGAAGACACUUACAAACCUAUUUAUGAAGAAAAAAAGCUGCAAUUUCAAACCGUGUGUGAAAAUAUAAUAGGAGUUGCGGAGCGUUUACUCACUAACUAUGAUGACAAUGUUUCACUAGCAUUCUUGUCAUUCCUCAACAGUUACUGCUCAAAAGAUAAUCAAGAGGGAAGAAAGCGCGUACAUGAAUUCAUGAACUCCACACAAGCAUUGACACAAGAAGACCAAGAAACUGUUCAACACUCGGUGCUCUAUCUUUUCAAAGACGUGCAUUCCUUGACAAAAUUAUUCAAUAUUGAUGUGUCACAUUUUGAUCCAUCAUGUGAAACAACAACUCCACAGCAAGUCGCUCAAUGCACAACUUUUCAACUCUCUUUGAAUCUCAACAUGUUUUAUUUAAAUUAUGAUCGUAAAAUAAGUAAUGAAGUGUUGCAAUGUGAUGGUGCAAUCAUUGAGCUAAUGUCUUCUCCACAACAAUUCCGAUUAGUAUGCGCUCCGAGAUGGUUUAUUCCAGAUAUUCGAGACCAACCUGAAAUUGCGAUCAGUUGUCAAUCCUUGUCAUGCUUUAAACUACCCUAUGGUGACAAAGUGAGUUUAUUCUUCCAUAAAAACGCUUGGACAAUUGCCUGUUCAGAAAUUGAACGAGCAAAUUGGAAACGAUGGGUAUUGUUGGAUAAUGUUCCGUCCAAUUCUGUGAAUUCAUGGAGAGAUGAUUUUUGGAACAUUUGGAAGAAUUUGAAAAUGGAAUUGCCUCCAGAAAAUAUGCAAGACAAAACAUUUCAUUUUGUGUGGAAUAAGCAUCAAGGCAUUUCUUUGGUGUCCGUUCGUGUGAAUCAGACAUGUCAAAUAAUAUCACAUUCAGAAAUGGUCUCGCUAUGUGAAAAGUUGAAUUGGAAUGUUUUGGAACCAAUGAAAGAAUUGGAAUUCUCAACUCUUUCAUCCGGCAAGUUGUUUUGGAAGCAAGCACUUGAAAAAAGUGCCUCAUUAGAUCCAACCAUCUAUGAAGGACUCAUUUUCCAUCACUCUGGAAGUGCCAAUCAUGCAACAAAUGUGCCCAUUCUUGAAGUGAAAACUCCAAUUCAUUAUCUCAUGCCCAAAUUGAACAUUGUCAACCAUUUCUAUUCUGGUACAGAAAUUUUGAAUUCGAGUGUGAUUGAGAAUCCUGAUGACUCUUUGGUUCGAUCGGAUGUGAAUGACAUGGCACUCUUUCAAGCAGCAGUGAUGCACUCUCAAGAAUUGAACCCGAAAAUUCAACAGGUCAUUCAACAGAGAAAUCCAUUAUUUUUGAAUGUUUACAACCAAUGGGUGGAACAUCUCGCUCAAUAUGGCAUGGAACGACCAAUGAUGACUGACCACAUGGAUACCAAGCAAUAUUUGAAAGAAAAGAUCAUUGCAGAUAUUUUGAAAAUUGAGCCAUUGGAUCAUGAAAUGGUAUUAGACAUUAUUUAUGAAAUGUAA